CACCGCAGAGUGAUCUUACCUGUCUGCACUCACGUAGCACAGAACACCUUCGUCAUUCCAACCCUUGCUGCGAAGGAGAAUAGAACUGUUUCGACCAAAAAGGGGAUUCAAAAUGGCCGCUACAAUGAGUGAAGAAUUAUCCUGUUUCGCAACUUAUGCUUCAGCCGUCAUGGUAAAAAUGGUGUUAAUGUCCCUGCUAACAGGAUACAUGCGUGCAACACGAAAGGUGUUCGCCAACCGGGAGGAUAUGGUUGGUUAUCAAAGACUGAUUUUUGGUCUCAAAGACCAGAAACCAGUCUUUGAUAACCCUAUUGUUGAGAGAGUAAGAAGAUGUCACUUGAACGACCUGGAGAACAUCGUACCGUUCUUCGGGCUCGGCCUCCUCUACGCUGUCACCUCUGGAGCUACAACGACCACCAUCGUCUGGCAUUAUCGUAUCUUUGUCGCCUCCCGCUUUCUCCAUACCAUCGCGUACAUCGGUGCCCUGCCGCAGCCGAGUCGUGCCCUGUCUUUCUUCGCUGGUCUCGUCGUCAACGUCUCCAUGGCCGUGCAGAUCAUAAUGAAUAACUGGAAUUCUUUUUAGAGCAAGGUGAAAUAUGCUGUUCCCGGGAUUUUCCACUUCCAUUAAUCGAAUUACCAUCAUUGUCGUAGUUCGCCUCAAUCACGAUCGCAAUGACUGUCGACCUAAGGCAAUAUACCAAGGCCCAUAUUCAUGAAACCUUACGAAACUCGUUGUCAAUUGAUUGAAUAGGCUAUAGUACAGAGUAAGGUGGAAACUAGGCUUUGUGAGGUUUAUAUGAAUUUGUGCCCUGUUUACUGAUGUAAUUAAUGCUUCGUUUUUUCUCUUUCGAGAACCCCUAGUUACUUAGCACACCAGCUUAAUCGAUGAAUGGAAUCCUCUUGAUAAUGUAUCGUUGCUAUGUCUGGCAAGCGUCUUGUAAGCUGAAUUAUGUUUGACGUAUGCGUGGUAUUAGUAACAGGUCUAAUUUACUACACUUGCCCAUUACGUUUGAAUGUGCCUACCUGACAAUGACAAUGACGACGGCCAUCACGUUCAAGGGUUAAAAGGUAUAAUUGUUUGAUUGAUUUAUAUUAUGAUAUAAUUAUAUAUGUAUUUUGACUUUUGGAAAGAAAGGUACUUGUGAAGAGAGUGGUUUUUUGGCAAAGAGAUUGAGCCCUAACAUUUAUUAGUCAAGCUGAUUAAACAUGUAUAAUAUAUAUUUCGAUGUUCGUUUUUUAUAAAGUAUAAAUGUAUAUUAAGUCAGGUCUGACUUUAUGUAAAUGAAAACUCGCGUAUACCAAUGCCUUCUCGUCUAUAUGAUCUAGCUUAUGCCUUUGUUUUGUGAAUACGUCACCUCAAGUCAUUAAAUUCAUUUCUAAUUCAA